AUGAGUGCUUGGAAAUUGCGUGCGCAGGUGAAAGUUUCUGAUGUUGAAGGAAAAAUACUGGGGCUCUUAUUCGCCGCUAACUGGUAUCCGCCGUGCCGGAGAUUCACCCAAAUGCUGGUCGGCGUUUACGAGGAGCUGAAGAAGAAUGCGUCAGAGUUUGAGAUUAUCUACGUGUCCUCUGACGAAGACACGGACGCCUUUGAUAUCUUUUACGGCCAAAUGCCAUGGCUGGCAAUUCCGUUUUCUGAUUUGGAAACAAAGAAAGCGCUGAAUAGGAAGUACGACGUCGAAGGCGUUCCUUGUUUAGUGAUAUUGCAACCCCACGACGCUAAAGAGGAAGCAACUUUGCGUGAUGGAGUUAAUGUCAUUUAUCGAUUUGGGGCGCAGGCCUAUCCGUUUACCAAGGAAAGGUUAGAGCAGCUUCAUCAGGAAGAGAGGGACAAGCACGAAAACCAGACUUUGACUAAUUUACUGACCGGCCCCGGUAGGGACUGUGUUUUGGGCCACCCAGGAUCCCGGCAGGUACCGGUUGCAUCGUUGGUGGGUAAAACAAUAGGGCUGUACUUCUCAGCGCAGUGGUGCGUGCCGGAGCAGAAGUUCACUCCUAAGCUCAUAGGGAUAUACGAAAAGAUAAAGCAGGUGUUGGCGGAGAAAGGAGAGGCGAGGUUAAAGUGA